AACACGCCCACUCACAGCCGGAUGUGAUGAAAGAAACAACUCAUAAUUUCACACGUGUGAAAAAAACACGAAUGAAACUCGAAUCUAAUCUGAAAUAUGGCGCAUUUAACCACCAAUCCAGCGGCUAGAGAGAGGUUUCUGUGUAUAUAUCCAGCGUACAUCAACAGUAAAAAGACAUUAGCAGAAGGCAGGAGAAUACCUGUCGAGAAGGGUGUGGAGAAUCCGUCGUGUGCUGAGAUCCGUGAUGUGCUCACAGCUGCUGGAUUGAAUGUUGAAGUAGAGAGUGUAAAGAUGUACCCACGGGAAUGGAACAGAGAUGCUCAGUUCAGAGGACGAGUGAGAGUUCAACUGAAACUCGAAGAUGGGAGUUUGUGCCAAGACAAAUUCACAUCUAGGAAAGAUGUGAUGUUUUAUGUGGCAGAAAUGAUUCCCAAACUGAAGAGCAGAAUGCAGAAGAGCGGUGGAGCAGACACAGGAGCACAGCAGGGAGAAGGAGGAAAGAAAGGAAAGAAGAAGAAGAAGUAGAUGAUUCGAGAGCGUUGGUUUCCCAAAAGGUUCGAGACGGAGUGACUCCUCAAGACCCAGAUGACCAUGAUAUUGGUUCCCCUUCGAAUAAUGGAUGAAUAGUUUGUCUUUUUUGUUGGACUCGGGUGAAGAAUAAAAGAUGUGACGUGUCAGUAUAUUCAUAAUGAAUACUUUGAGUUGCUCAGUGGCACCUGAUGGACUUUACCAUUUCAUUUGAGUGCCAGAUGAUAUUUGCAAUAUUUUAUGACCACUGACCACUGUUUAUUUUCAGUUAAAUGUUCUUGAUGGAUUAUGUUUUAAUGAAAUGCAUUCACAGGUCGUGUGGCCGCAUCUUUCAGCACAUCUGUGAGAUGCCAGUGUUGUAAGUGUAUUGAGCUAGCAUGUAGGAUGAGUGUUUGACAGGACUGUAACAGGCUGUGAAAUGCCAGUGCUCAUGUCCUUCACAACACCUGUUCAUUACAGAAUCACACCGCAUGACUGCACGCUGCAGGAUGGGCUUUCAUUCUUAAGAACUAUUACAGUAUAUUUCCAUCUGUGUUAAUGAAGGAUUAAACAGUCCUAAAGUUAAAUAAAAGAGAAUCAAACUGA